GGUGUAGCGUACAUUGCGCGUGUGUGAGGGGAGGCUUUUCUCGCGGGGUUUGCUGGUUGUGGUGUAUAGCAGAGGAAGAACUCGCGAAGGGAAGAUGGUCUUGCUACACGUGCUCUUUGAGCAUGCCGCUGGGUAUGCCCUAUUUGUAGUAAAGGAAGCUGAAGAGAUUGGCAUGCUUCUACCUCAGGUGGAAGAGAGUGUUUUGAGUGUUGGCAAAUUCAACACCAUUGUCCAACUGACUGCCUUUUCUCCAUUUAAAUCUGCACAGUCUGCUCUAGAGAACAUAAAUGCCAUUUCUGAAGGUAUUAUACAUGCAGAUCUAAAGCUGUUUCUUGAAACCAAUAUCCCACCUUCUGGGAAGAAGCGCAAGGUGGUUUUGGGUGUUGCUGAUGGGAAGAUUGGUGCUGCAGUGCAGGAGGAACUUGGUGUGUCUUGUCAGACAGGUGGAGUUGUAGCAGAAAUUUUGAGAGGUAUUCGAUUACAUUUCCAUUCUUUGGUGAAGGGUCUUACUGCUCAGUCUGCAUCCAAAGCUCAGCUGGGUUUGGGUCACAGCUAUUCGAGAGCAAAGGUAAAAUUCAAUGUGAAUAGAGCAGACAAUAUGAUAAUCCAGUCCAUUGCCCUCUUGGAUCAGCUAGAUAAGGACAUAAACACCUUUGCAAUGAGAGUCAGAGAAUGGUAUGGGUAUCACUUCCCAGAGCUAAUCAAGAUUAUUAGUGAUAACUACACUUACUGCUGUCUGGCAAAACUGAUUGGGAAUCGGAAGGAACUGUCAUCUGAAAGUCUAGAGGCUUUAGAAGAGGUGGUGAUGGACAGCGCCAAAGCACAAGCUAUUCUUGAGGCCUCAAAAAGCUCAAUGGGUAUGGAUAUCUCUCCUAUUGAUUUAAUCAACAUUGAGAGUUUCUCCAGCCGAGUGAUCUCCCUGGCAGAGUAUAGGAAGGGAUUGCAAGAGUAUCUCCGUUCUAAGAUGAGCCAGGUUGCGCCUAAUUUGGCAGCUCUCAUUGGUGAAGUGGUUGGUGCUCGUCUCAUCUCGCACGCUGGCAGUUUGACAAAUCUGGCAAAGUACCCUGCUUCAACGGUGCAAAUCCUGGGUGCUGAGAAAGCUUUAUUCAGAGCAUUGAAGACUAGAGGAAACACGCCGAAGUAUGGAUUAAUCUUUCAUUCCACAUUCAUUGGUCGUGCUGCAGCCAAAAACAAAGGACGCAUUUCUCGGUACUUGGCAAAUAAGUGCACUAUUGCCUCCAGGAUAGACUGCUUUUCUGAGAUACCAACAAGUGUCUUUGGAGAUAAGCUUCGUGAGCAGGUUGAGGAGAGGCUUUCCUUUUAUGAAACUGGUGAAGCACCACGGAAGAAUAUUGAUGUGAUGAAGGAGGCCGUAGCAGAGGCAUCAGAAGUAACUGCUGAACUCAAACGAAAGAUUGAGAAAAAAGAGAAGAAAAAGAAAAAGAAAGAAAAGAGAAGACUGGAAGCUUUGGCCACUGCAGAAGAGGAGGAAAAAGAGAUGAAGGCUCAAAGCAAUGGGGAGGAAAAUGAUGAAGCAGAAGUAGUGAAAAAGAAAAAGAAACGGAGUAUUUCGGAUGUUUCAGAGAAUGGAGUGUCAGAAAUUCCUCCCACAAAGAAAAAGAAGAAAAGCAAAGAAGUUAUGCAGGAAGAGGCAGAAGAAUUGCCUUCCAUUGUACCAGAAGUGACACAAUCGGGAAAGAAGAAGAAAAAAUCAAAAGUGAUGGAGGAUGAAUAGUGACACAGAGCAAAGAGCCCUGCAAGUAAUAAACCAGCAGUUCUUUCUUCAUUGGGCACCCCUGUGUGAUGGAGAAUGUGCCUGGAAGUUUAUCUGGACAAUGAUUUUAACCUGGCACAUUUAUGUGAAUUACCUGGUUUUAAAAUGCCAAGAGUUCUGUUUGCCUGGAAAUAGGACUGCUAUAUUAUUCACUUACUGGUCUGUUUAAGGACACCUGCUAUUUUGUAUGCUUAUUGUAAUAAAACAAUUCAAAUGGCAAAUUGGUGGGGCUGGGAGGUCAUUUAGUCUCCGGUUGACAUUGGCCGCAUAGUUAAGUUUGGGAGUAGUGUGCCAUGUCAGAGCAGUCGGACACUUGCUCAGCUAAAAUUUUUAAAUGAAGUUCUAAAGCCAUGUCACAUGGUAUGACUUUUCCAGUGAUGUUCAGUCAUAUACUUCAUUUAUCAGUGGUUUCCCAGACUCUGUUCAGUGGAACUCCCCGUGGUUGCAGGUUUUUGUCCCAACCAGAUUCGCAAUUGAUGAUAACUGAUCUCAUAUAGUUGGCUGGUAUUUUUUUUUUUUCUACAUUCAGAAAAGCACAAUAUUAUGAUUUUUGCAAUGCAAGAUAUUUAAGAAAUAUUUCUAGUUAUUGGUAUAGCUUUAAAUGCUUAACUCCUUUUUCUAUUUUUCCCUUCAUCGUAUCUUAAUAGUGUCCGAGUUUGGAGAUGAACUCAUGUUUUGGAAAGCAUUCGUACACCAUGGGAUCAAGCGGAAUGCCGUUGACUCUCAGAAAAAAAUUUGUGCUUUUGAUACUUUAGAAAUAGCCAAGAAAAUUAAUCAAUUUGUCAUACCUUGUAGUUUCUAGUUUUGCCUCUUGAACUGCCCAUGAGCAAAGAUUGGCAAUACCAGUUGUCAAGUCUGGCAUUCCCUCCAACUAAAAGUUGUACAAUGUGACAUUGGCUUUACUGGCAGAAUAAGAGCUUUUGGAAGUAAACCAUUUCUAUUCCUGAAGUGGAAAUAAAACGAGCAAGACUUGACUGCAUGUGAAGAGCAAACUGCUUCAAGAAAUCCUGAACAUUAUUACAAGUGUGCUUCAUGAAAAUGUAUGUAGUGACAAGUCUACAUGCAAAUACUUCACACUCUUACAACAGCUUUAGGAGUGUGAUUACAAUUAAGAUGUAAUGACCAAUAUAGUGCUUAAAAUACUGUACUUUGUUUUAGUGUUUAAUAAUCUGAUGGGAAAAGUCCUUAAGUGUAGAGCCCACAUUUAGGGUCUACUGGUAAAUACUGUAUGUAAAUGUUUUCUUGCACAUUUUACAUAACAGCAAGUAAAAAGCUAUCUGUCCUCUGCUGCUUUUGUCAUCAAGCUGCUGUUCAUCAUGUCUUGCUGUUCUGUCAUAGCUUCGGUUUCCCCAGCAAGGAGUGUUGCUGCAGUUUGACUUGCUCACCCGUGCCUUUUGUUGGAUGACGGUUGGUUGGUUGCGUUGAAUGGCUGAAGCCUAAAUGGCAAGGCACACAUGAGAAAUGAUCAUUCCUACACCGUGCUAUAGGGGUCUGACAGCCAGGACUAACACUUCACUGUGUAAAGCAUUGGUGGCCCUUUUCUUUGUAGGAUCAUCAUGAUUGACAAGUUGAUAAUAUGAAAAUGAAAGCAAAUCCUAAAAAUGUUUUGAACUAAUACUUUACCCAUCCUUGGUGGCAACCACCUUGUGUGAUGAUAUGAGUCUCUAACUUAGGAUUCAAGUGGUGAGAAGGUUUUGUGGCUGACCUGUACAAAAGGCGAAGUUUUAUUUUUUUUAGCGUAAUGUCUGUGAACUCCAGCCUACAUGUCAUGCUUUAUGAACCUUUUCAGUGUGACUUAAAUAAAUCUUUUUUUACUUAU